AUGGUGAGUCGGUCGAUGGACGAUGUGAUCGAAGCUACAUUGUCCGCCUUCGAGGGUCUCAGUAGUGAUAAGUUGAGUAGCAUCUUCCUUACCCUGCAGGCGGUGAUGCGCCUUCUACUGAAACACCACGGCGAGAACAACUUUAAGUUGACCCACUUGAAGAAGGAUACAUUGAGACGUGCUGGAACCCUCGUGAUGAACGUCACAUGA